GGCAGGCGGCCGGCGGGGACGCCGUGCGGGGGCACAGCGGUGCGCUGGGGGACGGGGGCUGCUGGAGGGAGCGUCCCGUGUAAGGGUUUGAACCCCACACCCAGAAAUGAGGAAGGUUUUGUGCGUGGAGCCCGUCAUUUUCAUAUACCUUUUUGCGACUUCCCUGACCACCCCGCUGGUGCAGCAGUUUAUCUACCGGCGGCUGUGGGAGCAGGAGUACAACUCCACUUUCGUGAGCGAUAGCAAUGUCAGUCACUGCGAGCAGAAUAAGAGCAGCCCGACUUAUAUUAAACAGAAGGAAGUUCAAGAAAAAGCCUCUGUUUUUAAUAUGCAGUUGGACUUAACUGGGGCCAUUCCCAGCCUUCUAGUUGCCUUUGUCAUUGUAGCUAAUGGGGAUCGCCAGGGACACAAAAGGUCUUUAGUUUUACCAUCAAUGGGAGCUUUGAUUGCUGGUAUUAGCCUCACUGCAAUAUCAUAUUUUUCCUUGUCACUCUCUGUCCUAUUUGCAGUUGCAUUUGUUACUGGACUGUUUGGGAGUAUAGCAACUUUCCUUGGAGGAGGCUUUGCUUUUAUAGCAGAUGGUUGUCAUGAUGAGAACCAGAAAACAACACGAAUAGCUGUAGUGGAUUUGAUUUUUGGAGUUGUAUCUGGAUUGGCAGGACUCUCAUCUGGCUAUUUUCUAAGAGGAAUAGGCUUUACAUGGACAUUUGUGACAGCAUCUCUGCUUCAUGUCAUUAAUAUCAUCUAUAUUAUAUUUUUUCUGGAAGAUACCAUAGGUGUAUCUGAAUUCCAGCAUGAGGUACCAGUAUCCUAUAAAGAACUUCUUAGGGAGACAUUUUCUGGGGUGUACAUGCUUUUUAAAACUGCCCCUUAUAAAAAGAGAAUUUUAAUAAUUGUGUUACUUUUUGCAUUUAUGACUUAUAUGUUUACUAUGAUUGGUGGAAGUUCGCUUUUUACACUGUAUGAACUGGAUGAGCCACUCUGCUGGAAUGAAGUAUACAUUGGAUAUGGAGCAGCUGCAUUCACUUCUGUCUCUCUGACCAGUUUUUUAGGAGUUUACUUAUUUUCUAAAUGUCUCAAAGACAUUUAUAUUGUCUUUAUUGGGAUAUUUUCUUACAUUGGAGGAAUGAUCAUGGCUGCCUUUGCCAAAACUACCCUACUCAUGUUUUUAGUGAGAGUGCCAUCUUUGUUCUCCUUUAUGCCUAUUCCUGUUCUCCGAUCCAUGCUGUCAAAAGUGGUUCUCACUGGUGAACAGGGUGCUGUGUUUGCUUGUGUUGCCUGUUUAGAAGUUGUGACCGGCAGUGUUUCAGUUUCAGUUUUUAAUAUUCUGUAUGCAACUACUGUUGCAUGGUUUUCAGGCUUUAGCUUCCUCCUAUCGGCAGGUCUUUGUCUAAUUCCACUGACUGUCCUGUGCUGGCUUCUGUGCACAAGCUGGAAUGGGGAGGACUUGGCUCUGCUGGUACCUGAAGAAGUAUCCAGCAUAGAGAGUGCUGAUAGUUGAACAAAGGAUCCACAUACCUGGCAUUUCUAAUCUCACAUGCAGUGGCACAGACCAUUCUGUCAUACAGAGACCAUAGAGAUAACACAACACAAUCUCCAAGUGGCCCUGCAGCAAUAAGCACUAAAUUGGUAGCACUCUAUACUCAGUCUUUCAGCACUUGACUAAAGCUAGCUCUUAACUAUGCAAAUAGGCAGGCAAUUGAGAUUAUAAUGCUGCUUUCAGCAUGAGGAAAAAAAUUAGGUAGGGUGAUACUCCUUCCACUUACCCUUUCUCAAGUUUGAGAGUGUCAGGUAUAGAUUGUGAUACAUCUUGUAUCAUUCUAAAUGGGGUGACAGAGAUAAGUUAUCAACUCAGAGGGUGCUGGCAAUUCUGCUGAAGCCAUUGGAGCUUAUGCCAGAUGAGGAUGUGGUCCACUGUGUACAUCUUUAAAGUCCUAUCUUAAUGAUGAAGCCCCCAAACCUUUCUAAAAUUACUAAAAAGGUACUGGAGGCAGUACUUAACAUCUGCUGUAAGCAGACUUACUGCUCUGCAGCUAGCAGAGUGUGUUUGUGUAAGUAUAAUGUAUGAUGUGUGGACCUUGCCUGUGAUUUAGUUCUUAAAACGGAUUUUUACACAGAACUUUCAGGAAAUUUCCAGCUUGCAGAGUGUGAAGUUCAGCCUGUGCCUACAUUUUGCAGAGGCAAUAUUGCACAUUUAUAAUUUUCCGUAUAUUAGGGACCGCAUACAGACAUCUCUAUUUUUUGUCCCAGAGAUAUUUCUUAUUUUCUAGUUAAGUUGGUACUUGGUUUAAAUGUUUCUUUUAGUGAAAGGCUGUAAUAGCAUUUCUUAUCAGUGGAUCUUUAUUUUUUUCACAACCCUGAAAUGAGGUGACCAAAUCUGAAUCAUGAAUCUAAUUGUCUUGUAACAAAUGCAGCAUAAUUAUAUGAGCACUUGAAGAGCAUUUCUCAUCUUCAAAGCACUUUACAAAUGCUAUUAAGAACAUUCUUCCAUAAUAGAUGCUCUCUUCCCUCUUGCAUAGAGAGAGAAAUUAACGGAGAGGACAAGUGACAUGCCCAAGGCCACAGUGCAAACUGGUGAGACUGCCAAACCUAGGAAUCAGUUUCAGCUUUGACUCCUCACCUUUUCCCUUGAGAUCUUUAAGUAGAAAUUAUUCUGAGUACUAGCUUCUGGAGUGCACAGUGGAAGUGAAAACAUAACACCAUGUUACAGACCACUCCCAUAUGUUGAUUUUUUUAAGAGUUUGACAGCCAAUACUGUUCUGAUCUCUGAAAGUUGUGUGUGACUUGUCCCCCCAAACAGAUUAGACAGAGAAGUCAAAAUCAUGGAAAGUGGCUGACAUUUAGAGAAGGA